UGCAAAAGAGCACCACACAUGCAGACUCCACACUCACAUCUAUACACAGUUUGGUGUCUGCAACACCAUCUCAGCAAACUUUACUGUACAUUGCAUAGAGGGGAAGGGAGCAUGGCAGGAGCAGCAAGCAAUGCCUAGGGGAUCUGCUGGAGUGUCAGUUUAGGAAACAGGAACAGGCACAAGGAAGGUGCAUCUUGCAUAGAAGUGGGAGCACAGAAACCUCCACCUGGUGAUGAAUAGCCUUAUCAUUUGCUUAUUAUAGGGGAUCUAAAACCUGUGUAUUUUGGGAAGACUGUGUUUAUUGGCUGGAUCCUUCGCCCCCGUUGGAAGUAAGAGAGCAGAUCUGUGUGUUAAAGCAGGAGGCAGUGCGAAGGGAGCGGGAGGAGGCUGGACAGGCAGCCGCUGCACAUGCUUACAGAGACGGAUACAGAUCACCCGGUAACCCUGCAGCUUCUCUCAGCUGGCUGUCUACAUCCAAAGGCGGCAGCGAUCCGUCGGAAAGGGGGUCAUAUUUAACCGCCAAGGACAUCUACCAACAUCGGCUCACCCUGCCAGUGCUGGUUCUUUUUUAUACUAAAGGUGUGUGUUUUAUUCCACGGCUGCUGCAUCGCCCGGGAUCGCUGUGUUCUGGGGAUCGAACGUUCGGGGAGAUCUGGAGAUUCUUGGAACGCUUUCUUGGAGUAUUGGAGGGUUGGGGGAUCUGCAGUGUCAAUGCGGCUGUACUGAGGGAAGGGGGAGAACAGGCUCAUCUCCCAGGCCAAAACACAAGUGUAAUAUCUUUUGAACAGCAAACAGAUUUAAAGUUACAAUUAGAAAUAUGGAAACCACAAGAAAGACCUGGUUCAGUGUAAUCACCCAGUGUGUAUUAUUAACUAUAGUAUCAGCCAUCUCUCGACAAAACUCACAAGUAAAGAGAAAUUUCACAACUUUUCAUGCUGAGCAAGCAGACUGGAGUUUUAACCAUAUGGUGGUUGAUGCCAGAAGUGGAUCCAUUUAUCUUGGGGCUAUCAACAGAAUUUACAAACUUUCUGAAGACCUAAAGGUCUUAGUGUCUCACCAGACUGGGCCAGACGAAGACAACCCAAAGUGUUAUCCACCAAGGAUAGUUCAGCCUUGCAACGAGCCACUGGCUGUUACUAACAAUGUCAAUAAAAUGCUUCUUAUAGAUUACAAGGAAAAUAGGUUAAUAGCUUGUGGAAGUCUUUACCAGGGUAUCUGCAAACUUCUCAGGCUAAGUGACCUCUUUAAACUCGCUGAACCUUUUCAUAAGAAAGAGCAUUACCUUUCUGGAGUAAAUGAGAGUGGAUCUGUGGUCGGAGUUAUUGUACCUCACAACAAUCUCAAUGAUAAGCUCUUUAUUGCAACGUCAGUGGAUGGAAAACCAGAAUACUUUCCUACAAUUUCUAGCAGGAAACUCAGUGCUAACUCAGAAGAUGAUGGAAUGUUUGCUUAUGUAUUUCAUGAUGAGUUUGUUGCCUCAAUGAUAAAGAUUCCAUCAGAUACCUUCACCAUUAUCCCUGACUUUGACAUUUAUUAUAUUUAUGGCUUUAGCAGUGGCAAUUAUGUCUACUUCUUGACUCUUCAGCCAGAGAUGACGUUUCCACCUGGCUCUGCCACAAAAGAACAAGUCUAUACUUCCAAACUAGUUCGUCUGUGCAAAGAGGAAAGAGCUUUCAAUUCUUAUGUUGAGGUGCCUAUUGGCUGUGAAAAAAAUGGUGUGGAGUACAGACUUCUUCAAGCUGCUUAUCUGUCCAAAGCUGGGUCUAUACUUGCCAAAUCUUUGGGAAUUAAACCUGGAGAUGAUGUUUUGUUUACGAUCUUCUCCAAGGGUCAAAAGAGGGGAAUGAAAUCGUUGGAUGAAACUGCUUUAUGCGUAUUUGUUCUCAAAGAAAUUAACAACCGUAUUAAAGAGAGACUACAGUCUUGCUACAAAGGAGAAGGUACAUUAGACCUUGCAUGGUUGAAGGUGAAGGACAUUCACUGCAGCAAUGCGCUUAUUACCAUUGCUGAUGAUUUCUGUGGCUUGGACAUGAAUGCCCCACUUGGAGUAUCGGAGAUGGUUCGAGGGAUCCCCAUCUUCACAGAGGACAAUGAUAGAAUGACCUCUGUUAUUGCCUACGUCUACAAGAAUCACUCUCUGGCGUUCGUGGGUACCAAGAGUGGCAAGCUGAAAAAGAUUCGUGUUGAUGGUCCUAUCACUGGAGCUUCACAGUAUGAGAUAAUCCAGGUAGUGGACUCCGGACCUAUACUACGAGAUAUGGCUUUUACAAAGAAUGAAGAACAGCUCUUUGUCAUGUCUGAAAAUCAGCUCACACGGGUUCCGGUUGAGUCCUGUGGACAGUAUACUUCCUGUAGUGAAUGCCUGGGCUCUGGGGAUCCACACUGCGGGUGGUGUGUUCUUCAUAACAUGUGUACAAGGAAAGAAAGAUGUGAGCGUUCGCAUGAACCUCGAAGAUUUGCAUCCGAGAUGAAGCAAUGUGUGAGAUUAACUGUCCACCCAAACAACAUCUCUGUCUCCCAAUACAAUGUGCUGCUGGUGUUAGAGGCCUACAAUGUACCAGAAUUAUCUGCGGGUGUCAACUGCACCUUUGAAGAUCUUUCAGAGAUGGAUGGCUUAGUCGUUGGUAAUCAAAUUAGAUGCGUCUCGCCAGCAGAGAAAGAAGUACCCAGAAUUAUCACAGAAAAUGGUGACCAUCAUGUAGUUCAACUUCAGCUCAAGUCCAAAGAAACUGGAAUGACUUUUGCCAGUACAAAUUUCGUCUUCUACAACUGUAGCGUUCAUAACUCGUGCCUGUCCUGUGUGGAAAGUCCAUAUCAGUGCCAUUGGUGUAAAUAUCGACAUGUGUGUACUCAUGAUCCUGAAACAUGCUCUUUUCAAGAAGGAAGGGUCAAGAUGCCAGAGGAAUGUCCUCAGCUGCUUCAGACUGAGAAGAUCCUUAUUCCUGUAGAAGUGGUCAAGCCUAUCACCCUCAAAGCAAAAAACUUACCACAGCCACAGUCUGGCCAGAAAGGCUAUGAGUGUAUCCUGAAUAUCCAAGGCAAUGAGCAGAGGGUACCUGCCCUAAGGUUCAACAGUUCCAGUGUGCAAUGUCAGAAUACCUCGUAUUCCUAUGAAGGGAUGGAGAUCGACAGCCUGCCAGUGGAGCUGACCGUUGUAUGGAAUGGAGACUUCAGCAUUGAUAAUCCAGCCUUAAGCAAAGUUCAUCUUUACAAAUGUGGUGCCAAGAGGCCAAGCUGUGGUUUAUGCCUAAAGGCUAAUCCAGAUUUUGAAUGUGGUUGGUGUUCAGGAGAAGGAAAAUGUACCCUCAAGCAACACUGUCUACCUCUCGAAAACCCAUGGUUAGAAAUCUCAGGGACUCAUGCAAAGUGCACAAAUCCCAGGAUAACUCAAAUAAUACCCGUGACGGGUCCUCGUGAAGGAGGAACAAGAGUGACUAUACGGGGAGAAAAUUUGGGCUUGGAGUUUUCAGAAAUCCAAAAUGAUGUAAAAGUUGCAGAGGUCAAAUGCACACCUAUCGCUGAUGAAUAUAUUCCCGCAGAACAAAUUGUGUGUGAAAUGGGUGAUGCCAAACCUAGCCAGCAUGCUGGAUUUGUGGAUGUCUGUGUGGGAGAGUGCAGACCACAAUUUAUGGCAAGAUCCUCACUGCUUUACUAUUUUGUGACGCUGUCUCUGUCUAAACUAGAGCCUUCCCAAGGACCAGUUUCAGGGGGCACUCAAGUAACUAUCACUGGCACAAACCUGAGUGCCGGCAGCAGCGUGAAAGUCAUGUUUGGACAGCAGCAGUGUAUAUUCGACAGGAGAACAGCGAGUGAGAUAUUCUGUAACACCACAGCUUCCACUGAAGGUUUGGAGAAAGUGAAAGUCACCGUUCAGAUUGACAAGGCCAAGAUUCCACAGGAGCUACAGUUUGAAUAUGUGGAGGAUCCAAAAAUCAUAAAAAUUGAGCCAGAAUGGAGCAUUGUCAGUGGAAACACACCUAUAUCUGUGUGGGGAACUAACUUGGAUAUAAUAAGGAAUCCCCGUAUAAGAGCCAAACUAGGUGGAAAAGAACAUAUUAAUAAUUGCACCGUGCUAAACUCUACAGAAAUGAUGUGCCAGGCUCCUGCAUUAGCUGUGAGCUACAACCAUUUGACUGAUGUUACAGAACGCCCAGAAGAGUUUGGCUUCAUUCUGGAUAACGUUCAAGCCUUACUUGUCCUUAACAGGACCAAUUUCACGUAUUACCCUGAUCCGGUGUUCGAGUCCUUCAGUCCAACAGGGAUUUUGGAACUGAAACCCGGUACUCCCAUCAUUUUAAAGGGAAAAAACCUUAUCCCACCGGUGGCAGGUGGCAACAUGAAGCUAAAAUACUCAGUGUUCAUAGGGGAUAAGCCAUGUACAGUGACAGUGUCAGAUGUUCAACUGUUAUGUGAGUCCCCCAAUCUCACAGGACGUCACAAAGUGUUGGCUCGAGUAGGAGGAAUGGAGUUUUCACCUGGAAUGGUCUAUAUAACGCCUGACAGCCCUCUAAGCCUUCCAGCAAUUGUCAGUAUUGCGGCAGCAGGAGGACUACUUAUAAUUUUUAUUGUAGCCGUACUCAUUGCAUAUAAACGGAAAUCCCGGGAAAGUGACCUGACGUUAAAGAGACUGCAGAUGCAAAUGGAUAAUCUGGAAUCACGAGUGGCCUUGGAAUGUAAAGAAGCAUUUGCUGAGCUUCAGACAGAUAUUCAUGAGUUGACUAGUGAUUUGGAUGGAGCUGGGAUACCUUUCUUGGAUUAUCGCACUUACACAAUGAGAGUCCUGUUUCCUGGUAUUGAGGACCACCCUGUCCUAAGAGAUCUCGAGGUGCCUGGAUAUCGGCAGGAGCGUGUAGAGAAGGGUCUCAAGCUGUUUGCACAAAUGAUUAACAAUAAAGUGUUUUUGCUGUCCUUCAUCCGAACUCUGGAGUCUCAGCGAAGUUUUUCCAUGCGGGACAGAGGCAACGUUGCUUCACUCAUUAUGACUGUGCUGCAAAGCAAACUUGAAUAUGCUACAGAUGUUCUGAAACAGCUUCUCUCGGAUCUCAUUGACAAGAACCUGGAGAGCAAGAACCAUCCCAAACUACUUCUGAGAAGGACUGAGUCAGUUGCAGAAAAAAUGCUUACCAACUGGUUUACAUUUCUCCUAUAUAAAUUCCUCAAGGAAUGUGCCGGAGAGCCACUCUUUUCCUUGUUUUGUGCUAUCAAGCAGCAGAUGGAAAAAGGUCCCAUUGAUUCCAUUACUGGGGAAGCACGCUAUUCACUGAGUGAAGACAAGCUUAUCAGGCAACAGAUUGACUACAAGACAUUGGUACUAAACUGUGUCAACCCAGACAAUGUAAACAGCCCUAUGAUUCCAGUAAAAAUCUUGAAUUGUGAUACCAUUACUCAAGUCAAAGAGAAGAUCCUUGAUGCCAUAUUUAAAAACCUACCCUGCUCCCAUCGACCAAAGGCAGCAGAUAUGGAUUUAGAAUGGAGGCAACCAAAUGGAACUCGGAUGAUUCUCCAGGAUGAAGAUACCACAACAAAGAUAGAGAAUGAUUGGAAGCGAUUAAAUGUUAUUGCACACUAUCAGGUGCUGGAUGGUUCUGUGGUAGCACUAGUGUCAAAGCAAGUAACAGCUUACAAUGCAGUCAACAAUUCUACAGUUUCCAGGACGUCAGCAAGUAGAUACGAAAAUAUGAUCAAAUACACUGGAAGUCCAGACAGUCUUCGUUCUCAUACUCCUAUGAUAACACCAGAUCUUGAGACUGGUCUUAAAGUAUGGCAUUUAGUUAAAAACCAUGAACAUGGAGACCAAAAAGAAGGGGAUAGAGGAAGCAAAAUGGUGUCUGAGAUCUACCUAACAAGACUUCUUGCUACCAAAGGCACACUGCAGAAAUUUGUAGAUGACCUCUUUGAGACUAUAUUUAGCACAGCGCAUCGUGGCAGCGCACUUCCUCUUGCGAUAAAGUACAUGUUUGAUUUUCUGGACGAGCAAGCGGACAAGCACAAUAUCCAUGAUCCUCAUGUUCGGCACACCUGGAAGAGUAAUUGCCUACCCUUGAGAUUUUGGGUGAAUGUUAUCAAAAAUCCCCAAUUUGUCUUUGACAUCCACAAGAAUAGCAUUACAGAUGCCUGUCUUUCUGUGGUGGCACAAACAUUCAUGGACUCAUGCUCAACCUCAGAGCAUCGUUUGGGCAAAGACUCCCCUUCCAACAAACUUCUCUAUGCCAAGGAUAUUCCCAGCUAUAAGAACUGGGUAGAACGGUACUAUUCUGACAUUGGCAAAAUGCCAGCCAUAAGUGACCAAGAUAUGAAUGCUUAUUUGGCUGAGCAGUCUCGUAUGCACAUGAAUGAAUUUAACACAAUGAGUGCCCUCUCUGAAAUCUACUCUUAUGUUGGUAAAUAUAGUGAAGAGAUUUUAACCGCUCUAGAUCAAGAUGACCAGGCAGGAAAGCAAAAACUUGCCUACAAAUUAGAACAAGUCAUUGCCCUGAUGAGUAUAGACAGCUGAAAACUGUUCUUCCAGGAUAUCCUGGAAGGGAUAAACCAAGCCGUGCCUCAGUCAAGAUCAUCAUCUUUACCAAGUGCAAGUUUUGAUUGGCUGGAUGCAGGGUCUUCUCUUUUGCUUCCUCUUCUUCCUUUUUUGAACCUCAUGGAUAUGUCAUACCAUCCAUCGGAUUAAGGGAGAACAUUCAGUGAAGCUGACUUUGGGAUAUAAAAAGAUUCUGGUUAAGACCUCUGCUUACAGAUAAACAAUCGCAUUAUCAGUAUCAGUAUGGGAAACUUGAAAGUCUCAUCCGCUGUGCUGCUUGGAGUUUCUCUCCUUACCAUGACUUGGUACGGAUGGAACAUGAACCCAGUAUUAAUUCAUUUUAACUAAAGACAAAAAAGAAACAAAAAAAAAAAACAAGAGAAACCUGGAAACCUUCUUUGGCAGAACAUGGCAAUUUAAAUAUCACAAAAUAUGACUUAGAAUUUGUCUUCAUGGGAACAAAUUAAUUAACAUGGCGCAUGAAAUUAAGAACAUAUACAUUUCUGUAUUCAAUCUCUCAGAGGCAGUUAGAGGUAAACAGUUUUGUUUGUUUAUUUAGUUAAUAUUUUUUUCUCAUUUUUUCUUCCCUUUGGAAAUACAUAUACAGUUAAAUGUGAGUCUUCUCCGCGAGCUAUAUAAACGUCUGCAUUGUUUAUUUGUUCAUUAAAAAUGUAAAGUGUUGGAUAAAUUCUGGAGGAACAAACAAGUAGUCUAAAUACCCCAAGGUGACUAUUUUUUUAAACAAAUGUUAAUAAUGAAGAAACAUAGACAUAGGUCCUCUUCAUUCAAGUGUCUGUUACAAUUGACUGAAUAUUUUUAGUCUACAUCAUCAUGUGAUCUAGAACCAGCUUUCUACUUCUACAGAUUGCUCCAAGAUAUGUACGCAAUUAUGUAUACUGUGUCUUUACUAAACUAUGUAUCUGAAGAACCUCAAAUUCAAAAGAGAAAGUUUGUCACACAUAAAAUAUGUCAACUUAAGUUAAACAAAGGCAAAUGCAUUUUUAAUAGUCAAAUUGUUUAGAGGAGCAAAGACAUUCUAAAAUCAUGGAGAUUAAAGUCUACUAAAUGUAUAGUAACUGCCAUAUGGAAAAAGGAGCACAAAACAAAAUAAGCAAGCAAAAAAAAAAAAAAUACAAAAUAAAGAUCUCAGCACAAUUUUUAACCGGCAUUAGAAAUGGUAGGUUAUAGUACCUGCUUAAAAAGUUUUCAGUAUAAGAGGUCAAUAGCUGGUAUGAGUAACCAAUUGUUACUCUUUUAAAGGCAUCAUUUUAACUUAAAAGUCUAAUACUUGUAAUUGUUAUAUUAAUAUAUUUUGUGUUCUGGGGGCAAAAGUAGUACAUUCAACCAUUGUAUAUGUUUAAUUAUCAUUGUAUUACUAAUUAGUCUGGAUGUGAUAAUCAAGGAAAACAUGAAUUAUAAAAAGUCCAAAUUAAUAUUUUAGGUUAAUUAAAAUAAAAAAUAGAGAAGAUCCAUCAUUCUCAGCAGAGAAUUAAUCAAUAUAAACAUUUACCUCCCAUGUUCAUUAAUAAUUUGCUAUUGGCACACAAAAUGAUGUAACCUCUGGAUCAGGUUAUAUAUUUUUUGUUUUUGUCAAAGCACUUAAAUCCUUUAUGCACCUUAUUCAAACUUUACAUUAAAGCAUUUCAGAACAAUUUCAAAACAAUGAAGAUAAGGGAAAGGAAAUAGUGUAUUUAAAGAAUUUUAGACAAAACCAAAGGAUAUAGUGAAACAGUCUUACCUGGAUACGGAUUGUGAUAACUAGCUUCAGGCACAUAUGGGAUAUCUAUUCCAUUUGAGUCAUUACACAUUAAUUUUAAGAAGAUGACGAGUGAGAUACAACCCAGUGUAUAGAGAUGGAUCCAGAAAAAGAUGUUGAUGCUUCUUAAAAUAAAUCAUUAACUUUUUUUUGUAUAGUAAAUUUUCCCCCCAAAAUAAUUUUUAAAACAAUGAAAAGAACUUUCAGUGAAAAUAAAAAAAAAUAAAAAAUGAAGCAUAACACAAGUAAAAAUAUUUAAAAAAGGAAAAAAAAAAACAUAGUACAUAGAGAAAAUUGUAAUUUCUGUGUGGACCAUUGUGAGCUUUGAAGCUAUCUGUCUGAUUUCCUUAUUUUUAUUUAUUUUGUAACUCUGAUCUCCUCUUUGCCUUGAAAUAUGCCAGAAUUGUGCUGUGAAUGUGUAGGGUUGCUGCCCUUGGAGUUUCAGAGGAAUAACUUGGCUUUCAUUUUGUUUUUAAAUUGAAAAUAGCGCAUGUUAACUCUGAGAGAAAAUCUAAAAAAUUGCGAAUGAUGUGGUUCCAUUUAUUUUCUCCUCCUUUUUUGGCUUUUUUUAGUUUAUAUGCGUUUAUUUUAAUUUUAUUUUUUUUUAUAUUAUUAUUAUUACUAUUAUUUGUUGUUCUUUUUAAAAUCUGCCUGAAAGCAUUGUUCUGAGUGGUUUGUCAUGUGACUAUUAUCUAUGUCAACUUGUUAAGGUGGAAACUUUAUCAAAGACUGAUAUGGAAUAGGCCUUUAUGUACAAUAUACCAUGUUGCUUAUUCUAUCGAUAUAUUGAAUUGUAUUAUACUAUAAAAGCUUUAAGGUAUACAAUGGUUGAGGUCCUAGAUUUAAGUUGCCAUCCAAGCAACUUGAAUUAAACCAUUUGUUUCUCUGGCACUUUGGAAAUGAAAUUGUUCCACUGUCAUUUCCCCUUCAUUAGGGACCAGUGAAACCUAUUGUACAGAAAAUAUAAUAUAACAGACUCUGUGUAAAGAUCUUUAUGGCAAGUGAAGUGAACAAUUAUUUAUUAAGGUAUUAAUUUGUAACAUACAUGGAAGGGACAGUUAAUUACAGAUAACUGAUUGGUCUUGUCCCACGUUUGACCAAAGUCUGUCAGAAUCAUCUAAAUGGUUUUAGAAAAGUGUUAGACCCAAUUUUAAAUUCUAUAUAAAGAUCAAACCUUUGAACUGGCUAGGUAUCUCUGAACAUGCCAGAAUCAUAAAUCACUGGGAUGGAUAUUGAUGGAUAUAAAUACUACCUAUGCAUUAACACAUGCGCUAUUAAUGUGUUUGCAGUAUGACACAUUAAUAUUUAGACAUGCAUUAUGUUUCACUAGUACAAAUGGAGUCCUAUGAUAUAGCCCUACUAACCUUUUUCUUUCAGUGAUCUCAUGACUUGUGUGUGGGGGUUAUUUUUUUUAGUUGCGCAACAAAUGUUUAAUUUUUUAAAAAAAAAAGAAAUCAGCAGUCUUGCACAUGGGUAUAUCAUUAACUGAUGUAAGAAGAUCUCUACAUUAGGUCUCUAAAUAUAACAUAAUGCCUUAGAUACUCCAUGGGAUUAAAUUGUGAUCUGAUACCAUCACAUCAACAAGACUUCAUUCUGGCUGAGUUUGUAUGCUUUUGAGCCCAGUUUUUUGGUUAAAAUACCUGUUUAUUGAAGUAAUUGAAUAGAGCAUUUAUCCCAACCCAGUCCUCAAGGACCAAUAAUUCAGGUUCUGUCGUUAUCCCAAUUGAAACAGAACCGAGAAUGUCUAAAUCCUGGACAGUUGGCAUUCCUAAAGAACUGGGUUGGUCAUCUCUGGAACAGAAGUCUUUUUUCAUAUUUAUGGAAAGUCUAAGGAUUUAGGGGACUUUUUCAAAUAUUAACUUUGGAUCAAGCCUUGCAUUACAUCACCUCUUGGUAAGAUUGGACUUCUGGAAUUUCAUGCAGAGCAAAGUACACUAAACUAUCCAGUUUUAAAUUGUAUUCAGUCAUGCCUGCCAUUUGCACACCUGGUACUAAAAGGAUGCCAUUUUUGAUCAACAGUGUACAGUAUUUUAUUCUGUCUGGUCCUUUUUAGUUAAUGAUAUGCUGCAAAAAAUAAUCCAUGACACUGUUUAUAUAUACAAUUGCAUUAUCUAUUUGUAGCUACUGAUAUGGAAUAACAUUUCAAAUGUAAAUGUAAACAUUUUGAAUUUAAUGUUCCUUUGGAAACAUUUUUUUACUAUAAAGGAAUGUGCACUUCUUCAGGUUGGAGGAGUUACUUAAAUAUCAUACUCGAAAUUCUAAUGAAUCCUGUGUUUAAUAAAUAAAUAUAAUUUGUUAUAAAUUAAGACAUAUAAAUAUAUAUACAUCUAAAUAUACAUAUGCUAUAGGAUGACUUGAGGAAACAAUAUAUGCUGAAAAAUAAUAAUAGAAAUAUAUAUUUCAUGAAAUUCAAAUAAAAGAUAACCCAACUAAGGAAACAUAGAAUGGGUAUGUAUAUGUUUCACUAAGUGCUGAUAACCGAUAAAAUAAAUACAUAUAUUCAUAAAUAAAUAAAGGGAGUAGAGUUCUAGGACCCCAGUAUACUAACAGACAGUUAUGAUUUUCUUCAAAAUAUGCUUCACACAUUUGAUCUUAUAGGUUAAACCUUGUGAUUGAAUUAAACAUAUAGUUUGUACUACAAAGUAUUUCAGUGGUAUAGCAUGUGUUUCCUGUCAGAACAAAAAUAUGUCUUUUCAAAAAAAGUCUACAAAUACAUGGGUAGAGAAAUUAGUGAAACUAUAUUAUUGUGGGAAAUGCUAUUUUGUAGAAAUCUCACUUUUUCUCACUCAUAUUCACAAUAAAUGAUUACAAAUAUUAUCACUUAAGUUUUACAGCAAUUUCUCCAGAAAAAAAAAAAUAGAUUAAUUAUUCCUUUACACAAAAUUACAUUUUGUUUUCAUGUAAUUUUCUGAGAAAGAAGUGUAUUCUAUAUGGUUAAAUGGAAAAUAUAAACCUAAUUUAUAUGGAAGCAAAUUUGCAAACAGAAUUCGAAAUUUUAUGAAUACAUUAUAUUUACCACAAACAUGAGUGACUUGUGUGUUAAUUGUGUUAAUUGCCAAAAACAUAUGCGAUAUAUAAUUGCAAGAUAUACUGUCAAACCACUGUAAUAACAUAUGUCCUACUUUUGAUUUAAUUUAAAAUCAGUAGUUAGAUUUAAGAUUCCCCACUUUCUUUUCUAAUGCCACUGAUUUUGAAGACAAAGCAUGUACUUAUAUUUUUGGAUAUCCUCGACAGAAUGUUUUUGAACAACUCAAGCAAAUUAAGUUUACUACUUAAUGUAAAACAUAGGGUCCCAAAGGUUAAACUGCUGCUAAUGUAGACACCUUCCACAAAGGCUUAGUAAGUAUGGCCCAUUGGGGCCCAUUUAACAAAAACCUUGCAAAUUGUCUUCCAUCCUGGAAAGCUGUCUGCAAGAAAAUACUUCUCAUUGAGCCAUAUAAUAUAAUUCAAUAUGGUAAUGCUAAUAUGGAAUAGGAUGGUGUCAAAUACUUUUAAAACAUCCCCUUGUCUUCCUGUGAUAGUAUAACCUCUUAUAACUCAGGAUUGGUUGUCCUAAAGAUUUCUGACUGCUGAUGGACCACAGUUCCCCUUUCAGGGCCAUAUUCUUUGGCAGACAGUCCAAAGGUACUAGUAUUACAGUCUCUAUAAAAUAAAUGGGAAAACAGAAAGUAAGAAAAUGGCAUGACAUGAGCAUGGCAAAGACAAAAGAGAGUAUCUGAAAAAAGUGUAAAACUUUCUUCUUAUACGCUGAAAAAAACCCUAUUUUAGUAAAUGCAAAUUCAAUUCAACAGAUAAUGUAAAGGUGAUGGUUAUUGAAGUCUCACAGUAGACAGAGAGCUGCAACUUGAUCAUCUCUAACCAAUAAACUCCAUAUUGUAUUAGGUGAGUAUGAGCUGUUGUGAUUAUGAUCUCAUAUUAAAAUAUACUGUAUAUCUUGCCUGUAGACUGUGAUACUCUUGCAUAAUGCCUGUAUGAAUCCAAAUCCAAUUCUUACGAGGUAAAGGCAUAUUUUAUAGCACAUGAACCCUGUGCAAAAAGCUGAUUUCUGUGAAUCUCAAUAGUUUUUUGAUAAAGCUUCCACCUUCAAAUUCAUAUCCUUUAGAGUCCAGUGUUACUGCGAGCCUCAAAGAGAUAAUAAAAAAAUGCAUAGUAGAAUGGAGGUUUUUGCUAUCCUAGGUAUAAUAUUUAAAUUGGAAAAGAGUUGUAACUUGGUAAAGGCAAGCUUCUGUACCUUUGUUAUAAUUAAUUGUAUACCUGUGUAUGUAAAUAUAAUGCAUUCCUAUUUUGCAGUCCAAAACAAAAACAAAAUUAUUUGUAUUAUAGAAUAAAGUUUAUUAAAAAAAAUUGAAAA